UACCGUAGUCUCCGCAGGCGAAUUUAGACCUCGCGAUUCUUCCCGCUCCGGUAUUACCCGCGUCUUGUGAACGUGCGUGAGGGAUGGCAACGCCGACACCACGACUAGUGGUCAACUUAGGAAGACUCUGCUAUUCGACCGGCGUGCGGUCUCACCUGGCGACCCCACGACUUCGAAUGCCCCUACAGCUAUCGCGAACCAACCAAACAGACGCCUGCUCUACCCAACCAACUGUUCACGACCAGGGAGCGCAGCCUACACGGAAAUUCGGUUAUCAUGCUGCUGCCUCUUUUUCCGCUAAAUUCAAGAAAUUCGACCCUCUCACGAACGUCUUUCACUUCAACCCAUACAACCGAAUCCAAACCGAGAAGAAGCGGCCCAAGUCGAAGCGACCCGCGAGCGGCCAGGAUGCCUUUUUCAUAAGUCGAAUUGGUGAUACCAAUGCUGUCGCACUAGGUGUGGCAGAUGGUGUGGGGGGCUGGGAGGAGAGCGGUGUUGAUCCGGCCGACUUCGCACAUAGCUUUUGCGAUUACAUGGCAUCUGCCGCGUAUGAACACAAGCCUAAUGGCGGCGAGACUCCAUUGGCACCCAGGGCGCUCAUGCAGCGCGGCUAUGACGAUGUUGUGAAAGAUAGGUCCAUACACGCUGGUGGCAGUACGGCAACCGUGGCUGUCGCAACCGAGGAUGGCAAGCUAGAGGUAGCGAACCUGGGCGACUCUGGCUUCGUUCACUUGCGACUGAACGCCGUUCACACUUAUUCCGAGCCACAAACGCACGCUUUCAACACGCCCUACCAGCUCUCGAUCGUGCCCGCGAGUAUGUUAGCACGUGCAGCCGCUUUCGGCGGGGCACAACUCUGCGACUACCCAAAGGAUGCGGACGUGACGCAACACACUCUCAAACAUGGUGACAUUCUAGUGUUCGCAAGUGAUGGUGUAUGGGACAACCUGUUCAACCAAGACAUACUAGGCAUUGUGAGUCGGACAAUGAUGAGCAUCGGGGCCUGGAAGACGAGCGACGGCGGUACCCGGGUGGUGGACAAUUUGCGACGUUUCACCCAGCCCGAAGACUCUACCCAGCGACUCGUCACAUUACAGAGCGCACUUGCAAUCGAGAUUGCGGCAAGAGCUAAGACAGCCAGCACAAAUCAACGACUCGAUGGGCCGUUCGCCAAGGAGGUCCAGAAGUACUACCCUCAAGAGAACUGGCAUGGGGGCAAAGUCGACGAUAUCUGCGUCGUUGUACUUGUGGUGUCUGACAGCAAUAAAAUGCCCGAAGUGCAAAGCAAGCUAUAAAACGCUGCAGUCUAUACCAAAGAGUCGUAUAGGGAGAAGGCGAGAAGGUAAUAGAAAGAAGAGAAUCUACAUACCGGCCCAUCCAUCUGUGUAUCCCUCAUGCAUUAUUCGGCGUUUCUUGGGCAGGGGCGGAAAGUGUGCGCGCUUCCAUUUUACAGACUA